AUGGAGGAACCAAUCAUCGGCGCAGACAAUUCCCUUCGCAUAUGGCAAAAGGAGUUUCGAAAUUCCAUCGACACGGACAUCGCACCCACUCUUACGGCCCGUGGCAUCCAAUGGCAUUUCAACCCACCGCACAGUCCUAAUUUUGGGGGACUGUGGGAGGCGAACGUAAAGGCCGUCAAAACUCAUCUGUAUUGUUCCUUCAAACUCACUGCUAUGACCUAUGAAGAAUUAUCCACGGUGCUCACCCAAAUCGAAUCAUGUUUAAACUCACGUCCACUCUGCCCCUUAUCAGCAGAUCCAAACGAUUUGUCCCCACUUACUCCCGGGCAUUUCCUUAUAGGAGGACCUUUAUUGGUACCUCCGGAACCUUCUCUUUCAGAAAAGUCCAUCAACGCACGCUUCGUCGACGGUCAACGGCUCCUGAGACAAUUUUGGCAUCGAUGGAGCGCCGAUUGGCUUUCACAUCUACAAGCACGUCCGAAAUGGCGCCAAGAACGAACGAAUCUGCAAAUUGACGAUCUAGUUGUAAUCAAGGAUGACCGGCUCCCCCCAAACGAAUGGAAGAUGGCUCGAAUAAUCGAUUUGCAUCCUGGAGAAGAUGGACUAGUUCGCGUCGCCUCACUGAAAACCGUUUCUGGAACCUAUAAGAGAUCCCUGUCCAAGCUAUGUCCAUUGCCAAUAUCCACCAAUCCUACUCCGAAACCUGAAGAAGUCCAAUAA